AUGCCGACGAAGUUUGUUGCAUCUACAAACAGCUUUGUGCUUCGGUAUUGGCCCAAAUGCAACACUCCUCCAGUUGCUGCACGCUACCUGAAUGUCCCUACCCAUCCGAUCCGGUCCAAAAUCGUCGAUCUCUGCGCACAUCGCGAAAGAAAAACUUUAUGGUGGCGGGUUUCGGUGUCACAAAUCCAACAAAGCAAGCGGGUGGUUCGCUCCUGGUGUGCACGCAGAGUGCGAAUUGCUUUCGAGCAGGCUUUGAAGCAGCAAGGAUUGGAUAAGCUGGGAAAACCUCUCAUUUCUGAAUCUCCUUUGCAAGAGAAAAAAUUGUCAGGAACCAUGGAUAUCUACAUUCAGCCGCCAUGUGUGACACAGGACUUUGAGAGGAUCCAGAAGGAUGCACAUCAUCUAUUAUCCUUGCUUCUGGAUCAUGAAUUACCACGGAAAUGA